AUUGCCAAAUGAAAGCGACUACACAAAAGAUCCAACGAUUGUUCAUAUAUGUCAGUCACUACACAAGGUUUUCAUCAUCCAAUAAUUUGGGGAAAGCUUUUAUAUGUUUCAUCACAUUUUACUCUGCCUAAACAAAACAAGCAAUUAUUUACUUUUCCAAUUGUAUAUUACGAUAGAUCAGAGGAUCUACUGACUGUAAAUCACCCAAGAAAGUAACACUAAAAUUCUCAAAACGUAGUUCAACAUUUGUCUUUCAAGAUGAAAAAAAACCCAAGCCAAUCAGAACUGAUUCAUCUAGUCAUAUUCAACAAGCACAACCUUUAGACUCACUAUCUGACUCAGUACAUCAGAUACACAAAAGUAAACGUACAAAUUUCCAACAAAGUAAACCUACGAUGCCAGUAAUUUCUGCUUCAUCACAUCCGUUAGGAUCUAGAGAUGAUUUGUUAUCCCAGAAUAAUGCUUCUACUAAAGAUUCAUGUAGUAUUAAUUCACUAACUGUAGAUCGUUCACGAUCUAUUACUGAAGGUUAUAAUUUAUUUGAAGGAAUAAAAUCAGAUAAAAAAUCAGAAAGUACAAAGAAGCAUAGUUAUAUACCAUCUUCUUCUUAUGCUACUGUCACUACUUCUCUACAUACUACAAAUACAAAUGUUCAGUCUCAUAUUUCUAGUACAAAUACAAUGCCUAGUUUAACAGCCGCUGCAAUAACUAUGGCAUUGACCACUGAAAGAUGUCCAUGGUGUCAGUGUAUUCUAGAUCAUUAUGAUGAAAAUACUAUUGGUUUAGGUAUUCUAUGUUUAUCUACAUUUGUGCAUCGUGAACCUGGUUUAGCAGCUCCAUAUUUACGCGAUAUGUUGCUUAUUACAGCACGUCUAGCCAAUGCAUAUUUUUAUUCUUGGCAACCUGAACUUCCACAUGUGAUUAGUCCAGGAAAUGUGGCAAGCAUUGCUCAUCAGUUUCUUCGUUGUACAAUGUAUAAUUUAGCCCCGAAUGGCCUGUUUACUCAACUAUUUCAAACUCAUAUUACAGGCAAGUAAUUAACUUACAAUAAUUUUAUCGGAUACUGAUAAAUGAUCCCACAUGAACUAUAAAUUACCAUCUAGCUUUUUGUGACAAUAUUUUGUUAUUAAGAUCAAAAAGCCACUCGUCUUACUUACUUUUUUUGACAAUAUCUAGAAGUGGAGAUCACCAUCUUUUAAAUUAUGUUUUCUGAAUGUACAAUCUGAAUUAGAUCCAACGCAGAAUUAUCUUCGCCUAUGCUAUUAGCACCUAUGAAAUAUAUUACUUGUCAAUGAUACAGGAUUUACAUUUAAGGUUACAGCUGUUUAUAACCACGAACAGCGUUUGCGCUUCAUUUUAGUCACAUUAUACGUUUCAUUAUAUUAACCACCCGUGCUACGCCAUGUAUAUCACCUCAUAGGUUUUAAACUGCAAUAAAGAUUGUAGGACUGUGGUCAUUCUUACCACAGAACUAAAAGCAAUUGAAACUUGUAUAUGAAAAUUACAAAUCCAGGAAUUUAUUUGAGUCCAGAGUGACAGAGAGAAAGUUGUUGAAUUUUUUAAUGAAUACAUACCUCAGCUGAAAGGUUUAAUUUACAUGAAGAUCAGAGAUUAGACUAACUAUUUUUACGGCAAUCAAGUAACA